GGACUUUUAUUUUGGUGUGGUGACAUGAUGUCAUAAGGCUGCGUCACGCUCCUGCAUCUGUGAUUCUGCUGAAGAAAGAAUGCCCAAACACACAGAAAAACUCCUAGUGAAGCGACUGAGAUCCCUGUGACACACUAUUAUAAAGAUGCUGUUUAUUAAAGAGGAGAGUGAAGACUUGAAGAUUGAAGAAACAUUCAGAGUCAAACAUGAAGAGACUGGGGAACAAACAAAGAUGGCGUUUAUUAAAGAGGAGAGUGAAGAUGUGAAGAUCGAAGAAACAUUCAGAGUCAAACAUGAAGAGACUGAGGAACAAACAAAGAUGGCGUUUAUUAAAGAGGAGAGUGAAGAUGUGAAGAUCGAAGAAACAUUCAGGGUCAAACAUGAAGAGACUGAGGAACAAACAGACCUGAUGGGGCUGAAAGAGGAGAGCCAAGAACUGAAUGAAAUGGAAGAGAAAAACCAGUACGAGAAAUGUAAUGACUUCAUGCUUGGGGAAAAAUCUUUUAGUUACUCACAGACUCAUAAAACAGAACCUAUAAUCAUUAAAGUCCACAUCGAAGAAAGCACUUUCACCUGCCAACAGUGUGGAGAAAGUUUUAGUCAAAAAAAGAGUCUUAAUGGCCACAUGAGAAUUCACAAAGUAGAGGGCCGUUUCACCUGCCAACAGUGUGGAAAGCGUUUCAAUCGAAAUAACAACCUUAAAGUCCACUUGAAUAUCCACACAGGAGAGAAGCCUCAUGCCUGCACACAGUGUGGGAAGAGUUUCUCACUAAACAGAGAUCUUAAGACUCACAUGAGUAUUCACACUGGAGAGAAGCCUUUUACCUGUCAACAGUGUGGAAAAAGUUUCAGUCGAAAAGACCAUCUUAACAUCCACUUGAAAGUCCACACAGGAGAGAAGCCUCAUACCUGCGCACUGUGUGGGAAGAGUUACGGAUAUAAAGAAAGCCUUAAUCAUCACAUGAAGAUUCACUCAUUAGGAUUCAUGUCAUCUAUGUGAAAGGAGAUUCACAGACAGGAAUCACCUUGAGAAUCAUGUAAAAAUUUACAUCAAAGAGAAACCUCACAUGUGCCCUCAGUGUGGAAAGAGCUUCAUAAUGAAAGGAAACCUUGAAUGGUUAUUUCACCCAAAAAUGAAAGUUCUAUCAUUAAUUACUCAUCCUCAUGUCGUUCCACACCCGUAAGACCCUCGAUCAUCUUCGGAACACAAAUUAAGAUAUUUUGAUGAAAUCUGAGAAAACA